CCAGGUUCUGUUUGGUCGGAGGUGGCUGUUUUUGCUUGGCUUUCACGGAGGCCAGCCGCAAUACGGAAAUUUUCCAAAUGCGGCGAGGAUGCUGUUGUCCGUGUCUUGACUGCUUCCUCGAGUUAAAGAUGGUGACGUCCCCGGAGCUGCGUUCCAGUGUUCUUUUCGGUCUUGCCCCUGGAUUGAAGAGUUCUCCAAACCAAACAUGGCCGUCCAAAGUCUUCGCCGGCUGGUCGCCGCCUCGGUAUGGCUUCCUGCUGGUGUUUACUCACACAUUGCGGGGACUGAGCGAUUCAACCCGACAUCGCCAGUUGAGACUGGACUGGCACCCGCACGGGUUGGCCACCUCGAAUUCCAGCACCCACCAGCACCCACCCCCCAUGCGAGAGCCCUCUUCCAACGGCAGUCUGGGGAGAACACCUGCGGGUUCGUGGGCGAUGAGCGGGUCCCAUUUACAUGCAGCGCAGAAUGGGGAGCAGAGUGCCGUGUAAACUCGGAUGCCCGCGCCAUCGGCUGCUGUCUCUCCACCGCCUGCAACAUCUGGACCGCCUGUCUUCCCUACACGUCCUCCCGCCUGGCAUCAAACCGUGACACAGACCGAACCAUGUACUGCUCCGACCUGGACGAGCCAGAAUGUGCCACCUUGGUCUACGCCGACGGCGACUACAGCGGCUGGACCAUUCCCCUCUGUGCAGCCACAUCCGUGGUCCUGCCCAUCUUCGACAUCACUUCCGGUUCCAACGGGGGUGUUACCACCGGUGGCGGUGGUGGGAGAAACGGCGUCGCCAACCCGACUGAUGGCGGCGGCGUUGCCAACCCGACCGACAGCGUCAACGACGACAACAACAACAACCGCAACCUCGACACCGCCAACUCUAACGGCAAGACCCCCGAGGAAGCCGUGGCUUCGACGGUGAACACUGCCUUGAUCGUGGGCGCGGUAGUCGGUGGUAUCAGCUUCCUAGCAAUGGUAGGCAUCAUCAUCUUCCUCAUCAUCUACUGCGGCCGUCGCAAGAAGAGAAACCAGGAACUCCGCCUCCAGCAAGCAGGCCAGCCAACCACCAUUGCUGGUGCUGGUGCUGGUGACGGUGGUACCGCUCCUCCAAACUUUGCUCCCCCUCCUGAGCAGCAAAUGUCCACCGUCCCAGAUGGUGCACCGCCGAUGGGAUUCGCCCAGGGAGCCUACGCCCAUCAUGGAGAUAACAAGCCGGCCAUGCAGGAGAGCGCCACGCCGGUUACCAGUGUGGCGCACGUGACGCCCACGGGAACGCCAGCGCCGGGAUACACUGCUGUUGCUGGACAGCAUCAGCAACAACAACAGCAACAGCAGCAGUGGGGAUCUCCUCCGGCGCCGGUGUCGCCUCAGUUCACGGGGCAGAUGGGGAAUCAGCAGCCGGCGAUGCCAGUUUCACCACAGGUGACGGGAUAUGGGAUGUACGCAGGUCAACAGCCGCAGCCGCAACAAGCACAACAACAGGCCGGGGGCUAUUUCCAGAGCAAUGCCGUCGAGCUGAGCACGCAGAGGGGUGAUGGGCAGGUGCAUGAGGUUCAGUAGAGGACAGCGAGUCUAUCGACGAGCAUGCCGUGAAUGUGUACAUGAUUUUGAUGGGUGAAGGGGAUGAUCUUGGGAAGGAAGUCAGUAUAUAUAUAUAUAUUUUUGAUGUGACUUGUGUUGGGGAUACCUGGAUACACGAUCGUAAUAACAGCGGCGCUUUUUGCUUCAAUGAGUGUUUCGUUGC